UUGCGUUCGCCCAUACACAAUAAUGGACAGGAUUCUUUCACACUUUGGCUUUUCUAAAAGUUUGUUCCUUGUUUUUGUUUCUUUCUUUUCUAAAACAUAUAUACAGAUAACUGAAUUCCAUAUAUCCAUACAAUCCUCCACCAUCAAUCAACAUGGCCAAGAAACCUCUUAGUACACACUUUUUAAUCGCAAUUUUCCUCCUUCAUAUCCUCACACCAAUUCAAUCCCAACAAUUUUCAAGAAAGUUGUCAAAAAACUCAUUAGGUUUCAAGAAAGAGAAGUUAACUCAUCUUCACUUCUACUUCCAUGACAUAGUCACCAGCCGCCACCCCACCGCCAUCAAAGUGGCGGCUGCUCCUAUCGCAAACACCACACGAAGCUUGUUCGGCCUCAUGAUGAUGAUGGAUGACCCAUUAACGUUGACACCAGAACCCCGGUCUAAGAUCGUGGGAAGAGCUCAGGGGAUGUAUGCAUCAGCAGACUUGAAGGAACUUGGAUUUCUAAUGGUCUUGAAUUAUUGUUUUACAGAAGGAAAGUAUAAUGGAAGCACUUUGAGUAUAUUGGGUCGGAAUGCGGCUUUGACACCGGUGAGAGAGAUGCCGGUGGUUGGUGGAAGUGGGCUUUUCCGAUUCGCUAGAGGUUAUGCUCAGGCCAAGACUCAUAGUAUUGAUUUUACAACUGGAAAUGCUGUUGUCGAGUAUAAUGUGUUUGUUCUUCAUUAUUAGGUUAUGUGAUUCUCCUUUUCUUGAAUAUCAACGUCCAUCAUUUUCAUAGGCAUAUAAUUUAAAGGAGUAUUUAUUAUUCCAUGUCUUGUUAUCAAUCACAACUUAUAUUAUUUA